AAUAAUCCGAAUUCUAUAAGAAAAUUUGAAAUUGUAAAACAACCACCGUAGGAAAACAAGCAAGAUAUAUACACAUGAUUUUAUAGUGAUGGCUGGUAACUUCUGGCAAUCUAGUCACUACCAAGAAUGGCUGUUGGACAAGCAAGAGAUUGAAAUCGGAAAGCAGCACGACUUAACUUUUCUUGAAUCGAGUGAAAAUCUUCAAAAAGUUCACAUAUUUUUCGCUAACUUCAUUCAAUGCCUAGGAGCUGAACCGUUAAAACUGAGACAACAAGUGAUCUCAACUGCAAUUGUGUACUACAAAAGGUUCUAUUCCCGACACUCCCUCAAGGAUAUAAACCCCUUGCUCCUAUGCCCAACAUGCAUCCACUUGGCCUCAAAAGUAGAAGAAUGUGGAAUGGUGCCUGCUCAUAAUAUCAUUAUGAGAUGUAAACACGUGUUCCGGCAGAAGUAUGCGGCCAUAUUUAAGCUAGACGCCUUUCCGUACAAUGCACACAACAUCCAAGAGUGUGAGUUUAUUCUGUUGGAAAUGAUGGAUUGUUGCUUGAUUGUGUACCAUCCCUACCGACCUCUGACCCUUUACGUGGCUGAUAUGGGACAACAGGACACCCUGUUGUCGACAGCUUGGAGGAUCGUCAACGACACAUAUAGGUGUGAUGUGUGCCUGAUGUACCCUCCCUACAUGAUAGCACUUGCGGCAAUUCACAUGGCAGCUGUUGUCAACAAGAAAGACGUCAAAGGAUGGUUUGCCGAACUAUCCGUAGACAUGGGGAAGAUUCUUGAGAUUACUACUCAAAUUCUUGAUUUGUACAAACUUUGGAAACGUUAUGACGAAGUCAAGGACAUGCCUGAGCUGCUCGAGAAAGUUCCCCGGGCAAAAUCCCCCUCACCGUCAGACGGAGUGAAAUCUAAGGUUUCCACACCCUCACCAUCUAAUAAGUGACUUAUUCAUUCUUCCUUUUACUCAUUUUGGCAAUCAAUUCCCAAUUGCAGAAUUAUAAUUAUUAUAUAAUUAUAGGUACAUACAUGUAUAUUUACAAUACGUGUAUCUAAACAUCGAUCUCUUGUACUGAAAAAUAAAAUUAAUGUCGAACAGUCCAACUACACAAUUGGUACAAUCCUCUGGUUACACACACACUUAUAUUAUAAUACAAUGUUCUUGAUAAUUCUCAAUAUAGCCAACUAUAUACAAUUGGUACAAUCCUCUGGUUACAC